AUGGACGCUUCAGAUCUGAUCGAAGAUGAAGCAGCCAUUGCUCAGCAAAAGCUUUCCAACGAAGAGUACAAAAUCUGGAAGAAGAACUCUCCCUUCCUCUACGAUCUCGUCGUAACCCACGCUCUCGAAUGGCCUUCCCUCACCUGCCAAUGGUUCCCCGAUAAAGAAACUCCCGCCGGACAAUCUUACAGCCAACACCGCCUCCUCCUCGGCACGCACACUUCCGGUCAGGAUCAGAACUAUCUUCAAAUCGCACAAGUCCAACUUCCCACCACCGGUGCCGACGGCCCUUCGAAUUCGGCUGAAUCGCGUUUAGACCUCAAACAGUACGAUGAAGAUAAAGGCGAGAUCGGAUGUUACUCUGCCACCACCGCACGUCUUACCAUUGUCCAGAAGAUUAACCACGAUGGAGAGAUCAACCGCGCCCGCUAUUGUCCUCAGAACUGCGAUCUUAUCGCUACACGCACUGUCUCUGGUAAGACUUACAUCUUUGACCGUACUAAACACUCCAACACUCCCUCCGCCGAUGGUGUCUGUCGGCCAGAUAUCAUCUUGGAAGGCCAAGAAAAAGAAGGAUACGGUCUUUCCUGGUCUCCUCUCAAACAAGGUCACAUUCUAGCCGCGAGCGAAGACACAACCGUUUGCCAUUGGGAUAUCAACAACUACACAAAGGCUAACAACACCCUCCAACCUUGCGCCACUUAUACCGGCCAUACGAGUAUCGUUGAAGAUGUCGCAUCGCAUAACCACCACGAAUCGCUCUUUGGUUCCGUUGGCGAUGACCGUCAACUCCUAAUCUGGGACAUGCGCGAUUCUCCCUCUGCUCCCAAAUACCGUGUUGAAGCACACGCAGGAGAAGUCAACGCACUCUCUUUCUCCCCCGAGAAUGAAAACAUCCUCGUUACCGGUUCCUCGGACAAAACUGUCGCCGUAUGGGAUUUACGAAACCUAAAAGUCAAACUUCACUCUCUCGAAAGCCAUACGGAUGAGAUUCUAUCCCUUUGCUGGAGCCCACACCAGCCAACAGUACUCGCCAGUGCAAGUGCGGAUAGAAGAGUCAACAUUUGGGACUUGAGCAAGAUAGGUCAGGAGCAAACAGCCGAGGAUGCAGAAGAUGGUCCACCGGAGCUGGUCUUCGUCCAUGGUGGUCAUACAAGUAGACCGACAGAUUUGGCUUGGAGUCCUCAUAUGCAAUGGGCAUUGACAAGUGCAGCGGAAGAUAACAUUGUGAUGCUUUGGAGACCGAGUAAGGCUGUCAUUGAUACUGCCAAUGAGCACGUUGAUCCUGAAGAGUUGGAGUGA